UUGGAGUAUGUAGUGCGAUGGGUGCGCGAGAAUUCGUAGAAAUUAUUUAAUGUAUUUUUAUUACAAAUUCAAUCGAACAAAAGUUGAGAUUAUUAUAUUAAGUUAAGAAAAAGUAUUUUUAUACAUUUAAGUUUGAUAUGUAAGUCGUAACGGUGGAUUAUACGUCGCAUCGAUAUUUUCUCGGUUAAUGAGUUCACCCAACGUCCAUCUACAUGCGUAAAUAUGUAUGUACUUCUCUCAUAUCACAACCUUCUUCAAAUGUAGCAGCAGUAGCAGUAGCAACACAACAAUUUUGCCAUUUAUAAAUAUCCAUCUUGGGUCGUAGACGGUCGGGCUGCGGAUAUAGCAAAUCAAGAGCAAUAAAAAGCAACGUCCAAAAAAAUUACUUUCAUGGUGUAAGUGUGUUUGUGAGUCUCAUUUACAAAAAUUUCAUCAUUCGCGUAUUGUUGUUAAUUUCUACUUAAACGCCUAUUAUAAGCAACCAAUUGAAAUCAAUGCUGUAUGUUUGUAGUAAGGUGAUCGUGGCCGAUAUCUCCUUAGAAACCAACGUCGGGUCAGUUGAUCUUUGAGACCUCCAAGUAAAAAUUUGUGUGUCUCUGUCAUGCAUACCAUUCCUUAGUUCCAUAUAGCAACGCGGUCAACAAUUAGUAUUUUGUAAUUAAUGCUGUGCAUAUACAUAAUAAUGGAACACAAAUUGUGAAUUAGAAAAUAUUAUAAAUACGUGUUGUGACCAUUCACUUGUGAACCGGCAUAAACAAACUGUGCGGAAACGGAUUGCAAGGAGCAAUCACAACAUGUAGUUGAAUUGAAGAAAAUGCGUACAUAUUUGUUCAUGUUCCCUUCACGAUGAUGUAAAUGCAACAAGCUAUCAGGUACUUGGCAUUAACAGAAACCCAUUCAGCUGCCGAGUAUUCGUAAUAUGGAAAAUGUUUUAAAAGCAGCUGGUUGGAAGCACUUAAGACUUGAAAGUCAAACGAAAGAAUCCGCCGAAAGCGAAUUUGACAACACAGCUGAGAACUACGAAAUAUAGACGAUUUAAGAUUAUAUCCACAAAGAAGUCAGCGCUUGGGUUACAUCAUAUCUAAUUGAAAUUCAACAUAAAAGACAACGACAUUCCGGCUCGUUAAUUGAAAAUUCAAAACCAAACUCAGGAUCAAAAGAUAAAUUAAAAUACUUACAUAAAUAAACGCCACGAAAUCAAAGACUUACUGCAAAAAACAAAAAACAAAAAAAAAAAAAAAACGCGAAAACACAUCUCAGCACACGGCAAUGUAUGGAAAGUGUUGGAAAGGAAAUUAAGCAGAACUAUUUGCAGUUCGAGCGAUUUGAAUGAUCGCCAGCAGCAACAAAUCUAGAAUUAAACACAAUUCCGUGGGCCAAAUUAACAAACGGAAAAACCACAUCUAAAAGCAAUUAGUAGCAAAGUAGCAAAUAAAAACAUACCACUAGCAGCUAUGGGCAGCAUACAUAAUAUAAGAUUUGUUCGCUUUCUGCUCGUCGUAAGCAUAGUCAUCCUGACCAUUUUCAUCUACGCCACAUAUUCAUCAAAUGCCACGCUUACACCACCACAUUCGCAUUCCAUGCGCGCCAGUUCGGUGACAGAUGUUGCGGGCGCUAUUGCGCAACAGUAUCAACCGCUGAUAGCAGCGAAUAAGAGUAAAUUUAGUAAUGAUGCUGCCGACGGUGGUUUUGAAAAAAGCAAUCGUCUGGACGCGCCUCGAAAUGAAGGCGAUAUUUCGCUUUUGAAGUUGAAUAAAAAGGCAGCAGUCAUGUCUGGCGCUAGCACAGGUUCAGGUGCUGGCGUAGGGAAAGUGCCAUUGGCGAGUGCCGCCAAGAAACAACAUCAGCAUCGCGAACCGACGAUCGACGUGGAUGCUCCAAAUGAUGAGCCGCCUGAAGACGAUGAGAUGGAGCGUUUCGGCAACGAAUUGCUUGAGGAUAUGGAAGUGCAAAAUGUUGACAACGCUUUAGUGGUCGGUAGCAUAGGUUACCCCAACGCUUCUAAUGGUCAGCCAAAUAAUGUUGGCGCUCCUCUGGAGCAACCCAAAUCGGAGAAUCAAGGACAGCCAGAUCAGCUUAAAAGCAUCAACGCAAAAUCCAGUGAUAACGCCAACAAUAUAAACAAAAUACUAGAUUCAGAGGUCAUGAUACCGACAUCGAAUUUGCAAAAGUUUAUCGAAAAUGCAGAUAAGAUAUUGAAAAACAUCACAGCAGCACCGGCGGCGAAUGAGAAAUCUGUGACAAAAGAUUCAAAUGGUGGUAGCAAACAGUUACCGGAGGAAAAUGCGAUCCCAAAGGUUCCUAAAGCAGAAGGCAAUAUUGCCGACAACGAAAACGAUGAUGAUGAUAAUGAUGUAAACAGUGAUGUGGCUUUGCCACCAUCCGUAGUGAUGACUAUCAAACGUCCUGAUAGCGCUGUAAAACCACAAAAACCGAUCGAAAAUAAUGCUUUGCCCAAAAUUAUAGCAAAUAAACCUAAAACUUCGCCGAAAGUGCCACCUAAGGUAGUCCAUCCAGUUCCACCCAAAAUCAUCGACCACACCAAAGGCAUAGCAACCAGUGAAAUCUACGAGUCAGGACAUUUAAACGAGGAAAUAAAUUUCGCUAAGAUUUGCCCAAAUGAGGGUGAAGACUUGAAGUUACUGAUACUGAUAUCGUCAGCAUUAAAUCACGCUGAAGCGCGCCUCGCCAUACGACAGACUUGGGCACACUAUGGCACACGGCGUGAUGUAUCUAUAGCAUUUGUCUUGGGACGCUCCACAAAUGAAAGUAUAAGCAAGGAGUUGAGUAUUGAGAAUUUUAUUUAUGGAGAUAUGAUUCGUGGAAACUUCAUCGACUCCUAUACAAAUUUAACAUUGAAAACGAUUUCCACUUUAGAAUGGGUGGAUGUACACUGUCAGAAAGCCAAAUUUAUACUGAAAACAGAUGAUGAUAUGUUUAUAAAUGUGCCGAAAUUGUUGCAAUUCAUUGACAGUCAUAUCAAAGAUAAGCGUGUCAUAUACGGACGCUUGGCGAAACAGUGGAAACCCAUACGUAACAAAAAAUCCAAAUAUUACGUAUCAACCGACCAAUUUAGUCAACCACUAUUUCCACCGUUCACCACCGGUCCGGCGUAUCUCAUUACAAGCGACGUAAUACAUUUGCUUUAUGAACGAUCGCUCCAUCAGGUAUACCUGAAGCUAGAGGAUGUGUUCACAACGGGUAUUGUUGCGCAGCAGGUUGGUAUUAAACGCGUACAUGCCAAUGAGUUCCUUAAUCGACGUAUUGCAUUUAAUCCAUGCAACAUACGCAAACUAAUUAGUGUGCAUAUGGUCAAGUCAAAUGAACAAUUUGACCUUUGGAAGAAGUUACUGGAUAAGGGUACCAAGUGUAAAUAGUAUUUUAGAUUUAUCCAUUAAAGUCAUACAACAUUUAUUGC